AUGAUGAAGGGGACGGUGGGCAGCCCGGUGGCCGCCGUCAUGCAGGAGAGCUUCGGCUGCGCCGUCGCCAACCGCUUCUACCAGCUCCUGGACGACGAGUCGGACCCCUUCGACAUCCUGCGCGAGGCCGAGCGCCGCCAGCAGCAGCGCAAGAAGCGCGACGAGGCGGCGGCCGCCCGGAGAGCCGGUCCCGGCGGCAGGGCGGGCGGCGGCAAGAGGGAGUCCCAGAAGGAGCGCAAGCAGCCUGGGAGUCCCCCCGCGCGCGGGGGGCCGCCGCAGCCCGGCCAGAAGCGAGCACCUAAGCGGGGAGAACAGCAAGGAUUCAAUAACAGAGGAGCAGAGGUGAAACAAGACAAAACUGAAUGGAGACCGUCUUUCAGGGAAUACCGUUCCUAUGAAACAGAAAGACAAGUGGACUUCACAGUGGAAAGACCAAUUGAAAAAUUAGACCGUGAAAGGCCAAUAAGAGGUCGUGGCGGAGGAAGAGGUGGAAUGCGAGGUAGAGGAAGAGGUGGUGGAAUAAAUAGAAGUUUCGAUGGCUUUGACCAAAAAGGAAAACGGGAAUUUGAAAGACAAAGUGGGAAUGAUAAAACAGGAAUGAAAGCAGAUGACAAAAAGGGUGGAAGUGGAGCUUGCAACUGGGGAACAGUUAAAGAUGAUACAAGUGGGAUGGAACAGACUGCUCCUAUGGAAGAGACUGCAGAAACAGCUGAGCAGCCAGGGGCAUCUGAAGGAGAGCCUCUAAAUAAAGUUGCUGAAGGAGAGCCAAUGGAAGAAGUAGUUCAAGAAAUGACGUUAGAUGAGUGGAAAAAUCUUCAGCAACAGAAUCGACCAAAGCCUGAAUUCAACAUCCGGAAGCCAGAAUCCACUGUUCCUUCCAAAGCAGUGGUGAUUCACAAGUCAAAAUAUAGUGAUGAUUUGCAAAAAGAAGACUUUGAAGAUGAUUCUCAUGUCUUUCGAAGACCAGUGAAUGACAUAACGUCUCAGCUGGAUAUUAAUUUUGGGAGUCUUCCUCGCCCUGGCCGUGGAUCAAGAGGAGCACGAGGUGGUCGUGGUCAUGGCAGACGAGUUGAGCGGGCAGAACCUCGACCAGAAUUAGUGGUGCAGCUUGUUGCUCCAAAUCCUGAUGAUCCUGAGGAUUUUCCAGCUUUAGCUUGAAGAACCGUCUUGAAUGGUGGUAUUGCAAAGUAGCUUUGGUGUAGCUGUGAAGAGACCAGUUUUAUGCUGGUCUGGAUAAAGGAAGUCUGUUUCUACUGGAAAAGCUGUUUGGGUGUUUGGUGUGGAAUGAUUGCAGCCCUCUGCUAAUGGAGUUGGGUUCUGGAGAUACUGGUGGACUGGGAUCCUGUCACAGGUUCCAGCAUCUGCCUCCAUUUGUGAAAACUGUGUGAAGGCUUACAGUACUUCACUACAAGGCUUCAAAUGAAGUUCAAGAAUAUAGUGUUUAAAAAUGUGUAUAU